GUGUGUGUGUGUGUGUGUGUGUGUGUGUGUGUGUGUGUGUGUGUGUGUGUGUGUUAGAAUAUUUCUGUCUCUGUAUCUCACAGCUGCAUGUGGAACGAGUGGGUUUGACUGAAACAAAUCUUUCAGAACCUCCUAAAGCCACACGGCUCUUAUCACACAUUAUGUAAUGGUUCAUCGUGUUGCCAAGAUGCUAAAAAUCACUUUUUUUUUUACAGGUAUUUGUUGAUCUCUCCUGUGUGAAUGUGCGUCGUGGUUAAAUUACAAAUGAAUCAAAUCUGCAGCCUGUGAUGGGAGCAGCACCUCAACAGGAUGUUUACGCUCUCAUUUAAACCACAACAAUAAUAACCUUGUUGUGUUAACACUUUGAAUGACCCUCAGCUGCUAUAUCCCACCGAACCUCAGCCCAGUAUCUGUAAAAUUAGCUGAGCAGUUUUUGUGUUUGCUAAGAGUGCAGUGCUGUGGCGGCCAUCUUGAAUUUGAGCUGCCUUCAACAGUUAAUAAUUUCCUUUGAUUAUUUUCGUGAAAAGUUGAUGUUUCUUUAAAUGGAGUACCAUUAUCAGUUUUUGUUUAAUAAUAAAACAUCUGAAUCAUUGCCUGAAGUGUUUGUAAUUCUCUCUUGAGUUAUAGAAAUAGUUGUUUCAGUUCAUUAUUUUCACUUAAACUUUCUGCCAGAAAAAAAAGGAGAUUGAUUUAUGUGUGGUAUAAACUCAGCAAGUAAAGAAAGCAGCUUUAUUUGCUCAGUUCUGUUUGCCUCUUGCAACAUUUCAUCCUGACUCAUUGAAAUUUGCUCUUCACUCCCGUCACAAACAAGUGACUCUGCUGUGCCUUUCAGGUAGGAACAGUUAUGCUCACCAUUCUUACAAUUAAGUGUUAUUAUCUGUGAGUCAUGUCUAUUAUUUGUCCUGUUUUUUAUUUUUUUAUUAUUCUCCUCAGAUGCAAGGAUGAAGCUGCUGCUGCUCCUCACUUUCACAGCCCUGGCUGAGUUUGAUUACAGGAGGAGAAGCGCUCUGUCGUGUCCGACUCUGUGCUUCUGCCGUGUCACGCCUGCAGGUGCUGAGGUGGUGUGCAGCCGGAGAGGCCUCAGCGGUUUCCCUGCAGCUGCUUUACCGCCCAACACCACGGUGCUGUCCGUUCAGAACGCCAACAUCAGCAGCCUGACGGCCGCUCAGCUGCGGGCCGUGCCCCUUCUGAGCGAGCUGCAGAUCUACCGCUCCAACCUGGUGAACCUUUCCUCUGAGCUGCUGGUCGGCGUGCCCCACCUGAACACGUUGGACCUCACAGGAAACCAGCUGCUGCACCUGCCUCCUAAAGUCUUCAGCCGCAGCUCGCUCCAGAGCCUGAUCGUGAAGAACAACCGUUUGGAGAGCGCGGACGCGGCGUGGUUUUCUGACAACAGCAGCCUCACCUGGCUGGACCUGUCCGGGAACCGUUUAACCAGCAUCCCGGCCGCUCUGCUCCAGAAGCUGCCUCGCCUUGUGGCUCUGGACCUGGACGACAACGACCUGCGAGAGCUGCCGGGCGACACGUUUAAGGGCCUGCGCCGACUGGAGACGCUGAGCCUCGCCGGGAACAAACUGACCUCCCUGAAACCCCAAACGUUUGCCCACAACCUCCAACUGAAGCACCUGUACCUGCAGGAGAAUCGGCUCCGGAACCUGUCGGCGGGCCUCCUGCACGGCCUGCGGCACCUUGAACUCGUGCUGCUCGAUCGGAACCAUCUGCUCGACCUCCCGGCGGGUCUGCUGCAUGGGAUAAAUCCCUCCCUUCAGAUAGCGUUGUCGGGGAACCCCUGGGAGUGUGACGGGAGGAUGGAGCAUCUGAGGAAGUGGCUCCGCAGCCAUCCUGAAAACGUCCUCUUCCUGGAGGAGGUGACGUGUAACGGCCCGGAGGCUCUGAAACAUCAACAAGUUGCAUCUUUAACUGACGACCUGCGGCAAAAUCUGAACUCAUCGAAGCAAAUCUGGCAGCCUGAAGAUUGUGACGCCUCAAAAUGAGCUCAAUAAUAAAGGAAAUCAGGCAAAACGACGCAGCUGCAGUUACAGAAACCAUGAGCACAAAGAGAAACAAAAUUUGAGCAACACUAACUUUACUGGAACCAUUUUAUUACACUCUCAUGUUGAUGUUUGUACACUAUCAUUAGAACUGUUAACACUGAUCAUCUUAAAGCAUUCAUACAUAAGAAUAAGAAGCUACAGAGAAGAUCUACAGUAUAAGUGUAACAUUUGGGUGUGGAUGAGCAAAGUAAACCGCUCAGGACACAAACUCACUGUGUAAAAUCUCACGUAUGUUGUAGUUAUCAAAGCAUGUUUUUUUUAUUGUGUCUCUGUAUUUGUCUGUACCGUUAGCAAAAUAUCUCAUGAACCACUGGACAAAU